AUGCCUAUUAAUAAACCAUCAAUGGAGACUUUAAGGAAACCCUUGAUUUGUAACGGAUUCGUCAUUAGUCAAGGAUCAACCUUUGAUUACAUCUCAAUGAUAAAACAUUUACAUUAUGAUUAUAUGUUAACCUCGGUUGAGUCAUGGUGUAAAAAUCUGGUUAAUUCAUCCGGAAAUAAUAAUGUCUCGAUGAUCAUCAAGGUCAUAUUGAGACUUUUUGUUGACAAAUCUGUUGAGUUGACCAGUCUCUUCAUCUGGCCAAAUAAUGUUUAUUUGCGACAUUAUAAUUUAAAUAGGUACAUGGAAUUGGUUGAACCUGAAUUCAAUGGUUUACUAAAGAAUUUAAUGAGUCUUCAUGUGGAAACACAUUCUCAUUAUCCAUCUGCAAAAUUCUUGCAAAAAUUAUCUUUAAUCGUCCGUAAUGUGAAAAAAAUCCAUUUGAGAACUCCACUAUUAGGUUUAAAGGGAUUCCCAAAUGAUAUGGAGGCUGGAAUCGCAAAAAAUUUGUGCACAUUAAUACAGUCUCAAACCAAAUUGGAGGAAUUUAAAUUGAUGGGUUCCUUCAAAUUCACUCCUUCAUUUAUCUCAUCAUUAUCCGUUCACACCGAUCAUCUCAAGAGCGUAGCAUUAUUUGAAACGAAAAUUGAUGAGGUGGAUUCUUGGAAGGUUUUAACAAAUUGUUUGAACCUAGAAAGAUUUGAAAUAAUUAAUUGUGUUGGAUUACAUUCCGACUUUAUUUCACUUUUUUAUAAUGUCAAUAACUUUAAGAAAUUAAAAUGGAUUUCAAUGGAAAAAAAUCAACCUAAUGAAAUCAAUGAAGAAUUGAAAACUUGUGCUAUUCACAAGUAUAAAGAUGAUCUUAGGUUUAGGUUAUUGAAAAGUGGCAAGGUAUUAAAUGACAUUUGUAAAUAA